AAGAAAGAAAGAAAGAAAGAAAGUGCCAGUACAUGCUCUCAUUCACCUAAGAUACAAAAAAAUCUCAUUUAUAUCAUAGAUGUAAUCUGAACUAUACUACUACACUUAUUUGUGGACUACUUGGUUACAGACUAUUUUAAGUACUUGAAGUCUAUAUUACUGCUAUCUUUUGAUAUUCCUGUUUUACUGGGCUUUGAAGUUUUGAGAGGUUUUUUUUUUAGUAUUUUUUUUAAUUUUUUUAUUUUAUUUUAUUUCAUUGCUUUCUGAUCAUACAGGAGCUCUUCUUUCAGUCUACUAAAUUCCUAUGACAUAUUAUGAAAAAAAUUUGAAUCUCUUUCUAUUUCAAGCCUUGUAAUAAGUUUAUCCAAGAAUAAAUGAGUAUUAAUUGCUCUCAGGCAUAUGCCAACAGAAAAUUAGAUCUCUAAUAUGAUAAAAACAUGGAUCUGGAACAGGGUUUCCAUUAGUUCUGUUAUUCUCAAGACAAUAUUAUUUUUAUAGAUCAUGUAACAUUGUUGCCCUGAUGUGAAAACAUAAGCAAAUUUCUUCUGGUUAGUCCACUAGGAAAGUAUCAUGCUAGAUAAGUUGUAAGGUGAUUUUUUAGGUGAAUUUUUUAGGACUUUGUAUAGGUGAUUGCAGGGAAAAAUCUGUGAGCAAUUUCUAUGCUGAAAAUCUUCUUUAGAGGAAAAAAAUUUUGAGAAAAUGCCAAUGGGAAAUUUGGUCUAGAUGACCUUUAAACAUCCCCUUCCAAACCAAAUUGUUCUGUGAUUCUAUGUAACUGCAUAUGAUAUGUGAAAUAGGAUUAUAAUUGUCAAGUAAAAUGUAUUUGGAGAAACGUCAGUCUGUGAAAGGAAAUUAGACUUUACGCAAAGAAAAAAAGUCUCAGGUGAUUGCUCUGUAUAUUGGCAAUCACUGCUUCUGCUUUUCUUUUAAUUUCUUUCCAUUGUUUCUCCUAUCAUUUUACUACCUUGUUCAUGUGGCUUCACUAUACAUUUCAUUUUCAUUAAUGAAACAUUUAGAGGAGGGAAUAAGACAAGUGCUUGAAGUGAGAAUAUGCCUUUGUGAAAAUUCUAGGACUUUUCAGGACAGGGAGUUUCUGUUUCCUUCUUAGUGCCAAAUACGAACCAAAAACAAGGCAUAAAAAUUGUAAACAUUUAACUACAAUUCCUUUUGUAUUCUUCUGAUAACCAUCCAGGCUAGAUCUUCAUUUUUUUAACUAUUCUGUGUUUUGUGAAUAGCUGGUUUUGCUCAUAUACUGGCCCAAAGUCAGGGAACACAGGAAAACAAGUUCUCCUAAAGUAAUUACCAGGAAAGAACUAUAACUCAAAGUCUCAGUUUUCUCUGUUUCUUCUCUUUUCCCAAUACAACAAUAAUUUAUGAUUGAUCCUACCAUAAUGACAAAAAAUGUAAAAUGAAGCAAGAACUAAGUUUAAUUCUUGCCCCUGACCUUUCAGUAUGAAAAAGUGCAGGAUGCUAAGCAGACAUUUGUGUUCAGCAUGCCGAAUUUAGAUCUUCUAUCAUAAGUCACCCUUUAUGCAUAAUCCAGAAGUUCAGUUGUUGAAUCUCUUGAAUGGCACAAAUAUUUUAAGAAGAAAUAUCAAAGGUCUUGUCUGCCUCAAUCCCAAACCCGUAAGAAUUUGUGCUUAUUUCUGUUCUGUAUUUGCCUCUUGGAGUUACCUUGUCUGCCUCUUCAUCUUCAUUAACAGCUGAAUUUGGCUUGUGCUGCUUAGAUUUUUUAUCAAGAACUCUACAAAAUUCCUAAUAAGUCAAGAUGGUAUUCUUACCACCUUCCUCAAUCCCUGUGUAUAACACAGGUCGGUAUUAGAGUACCACUUAGCAGUGCGUAUCACACAACAUAAUUCCUCAUAAUGCAUUAACAGGAAAAUUAUUUAAAUGGUGUAUUCUGAAAGGAAAGUAGUUAAUUGAACAGUGAGGAAAUUUUCUAGUGUUCCUGAUUUAUAAGAGUAAAAAAAAAAAUUUCCAAAACUAGUCAUGAAACAAUAGGGAAAUCAUUCUGGUAGGCUUCAUACCACUAAAACAGAUUAAUAAAAAAUAGCUACUGUUAGAAAACAUAUUGUACAUUAUAAAGAGGUUGAAGUAACUAUUUUCGCUAGUUUUAAAAGUAGUCUGAAGGAAAAGCUUUUCUGUCACAUAAAUUUGGACUUGAAAAAAUUUUAUUGAAAACAUUGAUCCAGAUAUAGAAGCAGGAAUAUCUAAAAAUCGACGGAUAGAAGAAACAUUUCAUGUACUCAAAUUAGGAAUAACAGUAAGGUAAAAGAAAAUUAUAUAAAAUUUUUUUUAAAUAAUAAUCAAAAACAAAUAAAUUAUGUUAAGUAGCCCUUACAAAUAUGUAAAAACUACACAUAGAAACAUGGAAUUGUUAAAAUUAUAGCUUUUUAUUAACUUCUUUAAUUAAAUGUGUCAUGGAAAUGUAUUUUUCAACACCUAGCUUAAACAAUCUUUGUUCUGAAUUCAGUCCUGAUCCAGCAUACGAAUUGGGAUGUUGAUCAAGGGACCUCCAGAGAUCCUUUCCAGACAGUUAGUCUGCAGCUUUAUGUUUCUUCAUGGAAAAAUUCAAAAAUCUUGAUAAUUUGGGCACAAUUCUCAACAUGAAUCACAAUACUGUGGCUGUAAAAGCUGAAAGGCAACAGAAUUUAAGAAGCAGAGGCUAGUCUGCUACAAACAGCUGUCUUAAGUGAGAUCUUAACAACAAAAAGUGAAGAGAUGGAUUUUGUAUUAGUUACAGAAAUAAAUUUUGGAAGCAUAUAUGUGAGUUUUGUGAUAGCAAAUCUGUGAUUUAGAAGAGCACACCUAAAAAUGUGUCUGAGGAAAAAUUAACAUUGCUUGUCCUGUGUUUGUUCACCUUAUUUCAUGAAUCUACCUCCGUUUAUACAGUUUUCCUGGGAUAUGUAAAAAGACAUUUGCAAAGCAAAGAAAGCUUCCUCCCUGACUUCUCUGACAUCUCAAAAUUAAAAUAACCCUAACUAGUCUAAACUUGUCAAGCCAAUAUGAUAAACCAAUAGCUGAUUAUUUCAGAAAAAAAUAACAUAUCAGCUGAGAUCUCAAAUGACUUGUCAGUUUGGUACUCAUUUUUGGUGAUAUCUUCCAGUUUUGUACAGCCAAGUGCUUCUCAAAACCAAAAACGGUAAAAGUUAUUUAAAGGCCAGAGUCUAAAAUGUCACCUUUGUUUUGAAAGAAAUAUCUUGAAAAUAAGUCAAUAUUUUCAGGUCACACUUUGUGCCAGGUAUAUAUAUGAAAGAUUAUUUUAAUUGUAUUAACUAAGUAUCUGGACUAUCUGUUUAUUAUUUUUAAGAAUGCUACUACAACUGUUACAUAAACAGAAAGAGGAGGAUUUUUACUGAAGAAACACCAUGUUGUAGAUUUCAGCUCCCCUGACAUACCCUUCCCCUCCUCCUCACACAAAAAAAGCCAUGAUUUAAUUUUUUAAAUCAAUGACUGAGAGUUGUACUGCUUUAUAAACUCUUCCCUAAGUAAUAUAAACCUGUAAUAGCAUCAAGUACCCUUUGAAAAAAAUGAGACAUAGAAGACCACUUCUAGUCCUAGAUGUCAAUGUGCAACAAGUUUUACCCCCUGCCAUGUACAACUACAACUUCAUAAAUUACAUUUCUAAAGAUUCCAUUAUUAUUUACUAAAUUUCCAAAAUAGUGCGAAACUGAGGAGAUGUAUUAUGCAACUUUAACAGUUUAUCCUGAGAUGCUUCACUUUUUUAUGCGUGUUUAAUGUCAAAGAUGUGCCAUGUACUCACUCCUGACAUAGAAAAACACCAAAAUGGAAAAGAUGAUCUGUCACACUGAUCCAGUCAAGGAUUUCAGUUACUCAAGUUAUUUUGUCUAAAAUAUGACUUUAUUUUAUAUAUUUUAUUUUUUAGGAGUUGAGUUUUUUUAUUACUUAUUUUCUUAUCAGGUCAAUAUUAAGAUAGUCUAAAGGAGGCAAGUAGUAGAAGACUUUCAACACAAUUGUGAAAAAAUGAGCAGUGUCAACCUGGUGCAGUGAUUGUCUCCAGGACUUGAACCCACUAAGACUUAAGGUCUGUUUCAAGCAUUCUGAGUAUGGUGCCAUGAGAGAUGCUGUUGUCCAUGAGAGGCUGGGAUUAUUAUGAUCAAGUGCUGUAUUUUGACUUCACCCUGGCUAAAAGAUUUGUGGGGUAAAGAGGAAGUGUUGGACUUUUAAGAGUUAAACAGGCCUUUGACGGAGGGUUAGCCCAGAUCAGUGGAGUCAUGCGUCACACAGCUCUAUCAUGCUGGCAGCCGUUCCUGGGUCUGGCUGUGCUGCUUGUCUUCACAAGCCCCACUGUGGGCUGCCCAGCCCGCUGUGAAUGCUCAGCGCAGAACAAGUCUGUCAGCUGUCACCGGAGACGUCUGAUGUCCAUUCCAGAAGGCAUUCCCAUCGAGACAAAAAUCUUGGACCUCAGCAAGAACCGACUGAAAAGCGUUAACCCUGAGGAAUUCACAUCUUACCCGUUGCUGGAGGAGAUUGACCUCAGCGACAAUAUUGUCUCCAAUGUUGAGCCUGGAGCUUUUAACAAUCUCUUCAACUUGCGCUCCUUGAGGCUGAAAGGAAACCGUCUGAAGCUGGUCCCCCUUGGGGUGUUCACUGGAUUGUCAAACUUAACAAAGCUUGAUAUAAGUGAAAACAAGAUUGUCAUUUUGCUGGACUACAUGUUUCAAGAUCUGCAUAACCUAAAAUCCCUGGAGGUUGGGGACAAUGAUUUGGUGUAUAUAUCACACAGGGCCUUCAGUGGGCUGCUUAGCCUGGAGCAGCUCACCCUGGAGAGAUGCAACCUCACAGCCGUACCAACAGAAGCUCUUUCUCACCUCCACAACCUCAUCAGUCUGCAUUUGAAACAGCUCAAUAUUAAUGCUUUGCCGGCAUACGCCUUUAAAAGACUGUUUCGCCUGAAGGACCUGCAGAUAGAGGCCUGGCCCCUCCUGGACAUGCUGCCUGCCAACAGCUUGUACGGUCUCAACCUAACUUCUCUCUCCAUCACAAACACCAACCUCUCUGCAGUACCUUACUCUGCUUUUAAGCAUCUGGUUUACCUGACACAUCUCAACCUCUCUUACAACCCUAUCAGCACCAUCGAGGCAGGCAUGCUGUCAGACUUAGUGCGCCUGCAGGAGCUCCACAUUGUGGGGGCACAGCUGCGCACCAUUGAACCACAUGCUUUCCAAGGGCUCCGAUUCUUACGCGUGCUUAACGUGUCCCAAAACCUGUUAGAAACCCUAGAAGAGAAUGUAUUCCAUUCCUCCAAAAGCCUUGAGGUCCUCUGCAUUAACAACAACCCGCUGGCCUGUGACUGCCGCCUUCUUUGGAUUUUGCAGCGGCAACCCACCUUGCAGUUUGGUGGUGAGCCACCAAUGUGUGCUGGCCCAGACAGUGUCAGAGAGAGGUCAUUCAGAGACUUUCAUAGCACAGCUCUCUCCUUUUACUUCACCUGUAAGAAGCCCAAGAUACAAGACAAGAAGUUGCAGUACCUGGUAGUGGAGGAAGGACAGACCGUGCAGCUGAUGUGCAAUGCUGACGGGGACCCACAGCCUACCAUCUCCUGGGUUACCCCACGCCGGAGGCUGAUCACAACUAAAUCAAAUGGUAGAGCCACUGUGCUGGGAGACGGCACUCUGGAGAUCAGAUUUGCCCAAGACCAGGACACUGGGAUUUAUGUCUGUAUUGCAAGUAAUGCAGCCGGAAAUGACACCUACUCAGCCUCCCUGACGGUAAAGGGGUUUACUUCAGACCGUUUCCUUUAUGCCAACAGGACCCCUAUGUAUAUGACAGACUCCAACGACACAAGUUCUAAUGGAACUAAUGCAAACAGCUACUCUCUGGACCUUAAGACAAUAUUGGUGUCCACAGCUAUGGGCUGUUUCACAUUCCUUGGAGUGGUUUUAUUUUGUUUCCUUCUUCUUUUUGUGUGGAGCCGAGGGAAAGGCAAACACAAAACCAGCAUUGACCUUGAAUAUGUCCCUCGCAAAAACAAUGGUGCUGUGGUUGAAGGGGAGGUUUCUGGACCACGAAGGUUCAAUAUGAAAAUGAUUUGAUGGUAUUCUGCUAGCAGUGCUUUUUCUGUGGCAUUAAAACCAAUUAAAACAGCCUGGCAUGUGGAAUUGCUAGGCAGAAGCAGCUUAAUGCAGCUGUCAGUGUAUCAAAAGGUUAUAUGAAAAUAGAAAGACUAUUUGUGGUUAUACAACAGAGCCUCCAGACCUUGAGGCAGAUGUGUCAGGGCCUUUCAUAGAACUGGGAAAUUGUACUAACUGUUUGCAUUGCAAAUAUUGGCAUUCUGGGGAUAUCAGCAAUGAACCACUGGCUCAUGCUCAUGGACAAUUGUUCAACAUUUUCUACUGCUACAAAAGGAAAAAGAAAAAAACCUACAGUGUAGGAUUUACAUACUUAAAGAAAAAGACACAUUUGUCUAAACCACACUCUACAGUGAAAUUUGUAUCCAUAUAUCUCAUUUGGUAAAACUUUGCAUCUCCCUUCUAGCUGGUUCAAAACAACAAAAAAAUUGGUAGCUUUUUUUUUUUUUUUUUUAAUCUACAUCUAUACUGUGUACAUUUUGAAGCAAUACAAAUGAGAGGUUGUGCUUUUAGAUAUCCACCAAUACUGACCCAAGUGUGAUGUCACCCAUCUUUUAACUACCAUCCAACCCAAAUUAGAUCCUUGUAGUUACCAAUUAGAAAUAAUAUAAGAUAUUUUUCUCCUCUUCACGUAGAAGGCCAGAGCUGAAUAGUUGAGAGCAAAACCACUCAACUCUGUCGGUCUACUCUUCAUAUAAAUAUAAGGCAUGUGCCUAGUUUUGAUACAGAAUGGAAUAUUUUUUAUAUCUGUGAUAUCACACUGGACCAGUUUACUGUAAUACAGCCCUGGUUCUCACACAGGGAAGGCAACCCACUAGUUAAUGCUGGCAUGGAGGAGUUGAGUUCUACCUUGAAGAGAGAAUCAGUUUCUUGAUUUUAAUUUCAAAGCUACUGUUAAAAUGUUAAUGUGUGCUGGGCCAAAUAAAGAGCAUAAGACAUUCUGCGGACUCCUUGAGAAAUAUGGUCAUCUUACUCUUUAUACAAGUUAAUUUAAACAUACAAACACUCUGUUACUAGGAAUGAACUCUUCUCCAAUGCCAAGUAAACUACAGUUGUUCAUGCAUAAUAUGGGGAUUUAUAAUACUAAAAUAAUGUUGAAAACAUGGUAGCCUCAAAAAAGGCUAACAUACUGCCAGAUAUAAUGAACCUCUAGCCACUGUCAUUCUCAUCUUGUAUAUUUGUAGAUAACACAAAGACGCAAAGCUAAUUUCCAAGAACAAAUUACUUAGCUAUUCUUGAUGCCGUUUUAAUAACAAUGUGGUUAUGUUUCUUUCAGGGGCAGUAUCUUAGAACAAGAGGGGAGAGUUUUUCCAGAUUUUAGGAAUCUUUUUUAAUGGAGAGAAGACAGAAGUGGAAUAUUAGUUCAGUACAAGUAACCUUUUCUUUGUUCGUUUUAUGUUUCCAAAGAAAUCCUCAAAAGACUAAGAAGUGAAAUUUUACUCUUCAUCAUUAAUACCAUGAUUUUUAUUUUUACAUCCUCAGCAAUUGCAAGAUGCAAAGUUGUUCAGCCACCUCUCAAGUUUUCCACCAGUUAUGAGCCAUAGGUUUGUCAUACAUGGUUGAUAGCAAAUACCAUUUUUAAAUGAUUGGCAUAACCUGGAGUAAGGAUGACAAUGACUAUAUAUAUAUAUAUAUGUCUAACCAAGAUAAAUAUGAAAAUAUUAUAAGACAGAACAUUCAGAUUAAUGUGAUUUAUGAGCCUGUGUUCAAUCUUAGUAUUAGAUUUCGGUGUUUUCAAACCAAAGUUAGGCUGACCUAUAAAAGGAUGCAGGUGCUUCUAAAAUUAAUAUCCGCAGAGAUUUGAAAAGCAGGAUAAAAAAAUCUCCCACUUCUAUCAAGGGAAAUGUGCCAAAAGUUGUAAAAUCCAGCUGUGCUCCUCAAAUGUACCCAUGACUUAGCUGCAGGACAAAAGGCUAGGCAGUUCCCAGAAUCUCUUUUUUCAGUGGUUGAUCAUUGGUUGCAUCGUUGCUUUAUUUUAGGUUGCCAGACUGAGGAGGUUGCAAGG